UAUUCUCAACUUCGACUGUUCUUUUUGCUCAAAACCGAAAAGGUCUCAAAAUUAACCCCCACCAAAUUUUGACUCUAAAUUUUUGCAUAACCUUUUUUUUCGUUAGUAAUCGGAUCCAAAUUUCUUUACUCAUGUCCCGCAUGCCUAUCGGCAGUUUUUCUUUCAAUUUGACUUACAAUUAGAAAAAUUUGAACAGACAUCUUUUACAUAUUCUAUGCACGUAUUUCCCGCAUUGUAACUCUCUCCCAAGAUCACCGUCACGAUGUCGGAACUCCUGCAAAUAUUUAACACCUACCCUCCGAGCACGCCGUCCCGUUGCGGGCAAAGGCCACCACGAAAUGCUCUAAUCUGUCCUCGCUGUCCGCCGUCAGGACCAGUUUGCCCGGGGGAGUCAAACGUGAGAUACCAGCUCACAUACACGUGCAAUAGGUCGACGUAUGAGCCCUGUUAUUUUCGGGGUAUCCCUUCUUGUCCACCUCCACCAAAUUCGCCGCCUCCGCCGAUGCGUUGCGAGCUGAAAUUCUUCGACUGCUGUGGAAAAUCCGUCUGUAGAAAAUGAUCAAGCUGGUGAUGACCUUUCAUGUGCGAUGAAUCUUUAUUAUUGUGCAACAAAAAACACGUGAAUUAAAUUGAAUAAUAACCAUGAUUUUUCCGGCAUGCAAAAAUCUCUCAAUAGUGAAAACAAACGUUGAUGUGAGCUGCAAUGUUAUCAAAUGUAAGUUAUGACUAUUAUACGAUAUCAGGGGAAUAAUGAAUGCCGAGUUUCAAACUUUUGAAAGCAAUCGGCUGCGAAAUGGCAUCUCCAAAGGAAAUGUUGAACGAACGGUAGAGAGUCGAGUAUAGGUCUGAAUUCGUUGGCCGAAUUAUUGAAAAAAUUCAAUACUUUUUUUUUUAGUUUUUUUGUCGUUAUUAUACUUUUUGCAGGCUCACGGUAUGGUCUCAAAAUAUAUGACAGCGUGUUAAAUAAUCUGGGAAUUCGGUUCAUUCUUCAUUUUCCGCUAAUAUUGAGGGAAAUUUGCCGUCCACCCUAUGGCCUUGUACGCUCGAAACAAAGGGUACUAGGUUUUCAAACAAAAGAGCUAUCGGAACAUCUGGGUUCCGGUUAAAAAUCAUAUAUACAGAUAGAAAAGUCAAAAGUCAAAAUAUUUUAACCCUUCAGGCGCAUAUUCGCAAAAUUUUCCGUAGUUUAGAAGGAUAAUCUGCCCGAUAGUAAUUUAAACUCAUUAAAGAACGAAAAAAAAAAAUUAUAAAUUAAUACGGAGUGGAUGAAAAAUUGAUUAUAAAAGCUAAAUGUAAUCGUCAAAGUUGGAAUUUCCUCGAGAACAGCGAUACUCUAUAUUACGUAGAUUAUAUAAAUUCCAGGUAAUUUUUUUCUUUUCCUUCUUUUUUUUAUUUUUUAAUUAAUUCACGGGCCGCAGAAUUUUUAAUUAACGUCACCAUCAGCGGUAAGAAAUAUCCGACAGUUAUUAUUAUAUCGUCGGCGUGUCUAUUCAAUUGGAGUGGUUACAUUUACAUCUUUUUUCAAUUUAAUAAAUUUCUCACGGAAGAGCAUGGAUUAAAAAAAUCUGAAACGAAAAACAUGAAAAAAAAGCAUCUUUUGACAGGUUUGCAUUGAAUGCAGGUUUUGCUACCGCAUCUGGGGUGUGCACCCAUCACUCGUAAUGAACUUGCAAUCGUAUAAAAUCCCAAACGACGAUACAGAACCAAACUCAUCUCAUCUGUUAUGGUUGCAGCAAUGAAAAAAUAAAGAAAUAAGUAAAAACGAAGAAAAGAAGAAGAAAGAAAUACAGAAAAGCGAAGCAACAUGUCGUGUCAAAGCGGAGAGAUAAUAAAGACGAGCACUUUACCCCCUCCCUGCUAUCACUGCAGACCUCCACGUUUCAGCUGCCCCACGUACGGCUGCCCUCCACGAGAACCUCUUCAGCCGCGGCGUCCCUGCUUAUCGGAAUUUUGCGCACUACUCAAAUGUCGGCAACCCCCUGAAAAACCGCUGCCACCCCCUACCAUUUGUAUAGCCAGACCUUGUCCCGAACCGGUCAGUGAAGGACGUCCGUGUUUUCCAUUAUCCCCGAAAAUUAAACCACCCCAUUCCAGCGUCAGGUUUUGCAUUCAAACUACCUGCAAGGGACAGACUUAUUGUCCUUGUUACAACGCUGAUAUGCCCCGCUGUCGUUCGACGUAUUGAGACUUUAUCGAAAAAGUCGGUUCCAUCCAUUGCGGAAAUUCUGUGAACACCCCCGUUACAGUUGUUAGAUAACGUUGAAACGUCUGACGUUUCGUUGUUUUUUUAUCCAUUCACUUCUUUAUACGCGUGCCAUAGUAUGACCGUCGGAAUGUCCGGGGCCCACUCCAUCGACGAUCGUGUCACGAAUUGCCGCGUACACCGUUCAAAAUUUCGGGUAAAAAGUCAAAAAAAAAAAAAACGCAUCGAAUUAUUCGCCGUGUUUAUGUAUCGGCCCAUCCGCCUGAACAUGGAGAUGAUAUUAUUUGACCGGUACGCUUCACGAGGUUUCAACUGCCGCUGUCCCUGUAUCUACAUUUAGUAGAGCAUCUCCCGUGGGACCAAAUUGAUUGGCAAGCUUCAUCAUGCAAAUAUUAUAUACGGUUAUCCUAUGUACGAAUGAUGCCAUAUGAAAGUGUGUCUUUUGGAAUACAUGUACGCACGUAUUGUACACGAGCGUUGUCAACUGCUCGUUAUAUAAUACGGACCAGCCUCAAUAAAAUGAACGAUUCUGUCGCGACGCGUCGAUUGAAAUUUUGGUAAAUACAUAUUUUCAACGAUCAUCUACGUUGGCGAUGGUUGGCGAAAGUUUACUUUUUCCCAAGCCGAUCAUUAAAUUCGUACGAAUACGACGCGAUUCUCUCGCGAAGUUGAAUCGCGCGACGACAUCUGGAACACCGGUUACUCCACUCGUCUAGUGUACGAUAUUUAUUAAUCUGACCUUUCCAAGGAUAGUCAACAGACGAUAAUCUCUUUCGGUAGGUUUCAUUCAUUCGUUCGGCGUCAGUUGUCCGGCAAGUAGUUGAUAUCAGAAGAAAAAAUUCGUCGCUGUUGCUGGCUGGCUUGUAUCAGGGUGGCUCGAAGAAACGUUUUUCGUCUUGGAUGUAACGGCAGUUCGGCUUCAGUAUGGCUUCAGCGAUAGGAGCAGCGACAUCAGGAGCGACAUCAAUAGCAAUGAUGCGGGUUCCUCAGAGCGACGAUAGAGAGAGAACGAUGACCAUUGCGUGAUAAAACCAAAUCAGGACAUCGCCAAGUCUUCUCGACGAGAUACAUCCCUUCGUCUUCACCCAGUCGAGAUGGAUCUGCAACACAUGAGACGUACAACUCCUUUUCUGCAGAGGUCAGAGUUCCUCCAAC